AUGAACUAUAUGGAUAAUGAAUCUCAUAAUUAAGCAUUGGAACUUUUUGAAGAAUUUAAAAAUCCAAAUACAAAUAUGGUAGAUAGUUCUGAAUUUUUAGAAUGUAUAAACGAAUCAUCAGUUUCAGAUAAUUGUAAAUUGUUGAUAAAGAAAUUAUAAAAAAGGAAAGGAUUAAAAUUAGAUUAAAAAUAAUUUAUGGAAUUAUUCGAUUUUGAUUUUGUUACAAAUAGUGAAAAUCUUGAUAUUAUUUGUUAGAGAUUUGAUGAAAUAGGAAAUCAAAAUGGUUAUAUAAGUACACAAGAAUUAAAAGAGGCUUCUAGAAUAUAUAAUUUAGGACUUAGUGAUUAAGAUAUAUAAGUAAUGAUUAAAUAUGGUGGAAAUAAAGAAGAUAUAAUAACAAUAGAUUAAUUAAAAGCUUUAAUUAUUGGUAAAUGA